AUGGCUCGAUUUCGAAACCGAGAUAGAUCUAAUAGAUCUGGGCGCGGUCAGAUUGAGCACAACGUACUAGAAGGGCUUCCUAUCAAUCAGUACAGAGAGAUUGAGAUUACUAUUGGACCAAAUUCUACCGACAACAAGCCGGUUGAUGUCAAUGCGUGGCCUGAACUUCCUAUGCCACGAGAUUCCCAUAUGUUGCCCGAGCAUUCGCAACAGCUACUUCGUGCUGCACGUUCUGGACGUACUACUAAGCCGCCUGUGCCACCAGAAGACGACGAAAAUGAGAUGAAAGACGAAGAAACAGAGCACAAAGAAGUGCCGAUAGGGUUCACCAUCAAGAAAUAUGUCAAGGUUGCGCGGCAUAAUGAAGCGCCAGAACCCGAAUAUCUUGCAAAAAGACGGAAGGGCCUUCCAUCACAGUAUAUCCAUGGACAGGUACAAGCUCCACUGAGGGAAACCAAAGUCAAGAAGCUGGACGCCGAAGGCAAUGUUGCAGUCUACAAAGUUCUAGCACCAGAAGGGCAGGCUGUCGAGGGCGAAGUUGCGCCUACAGAUGCUGCUAUCGAGAUUACACCAGUCCUUCCAGCGCCCGGCACUGUCGUUGAGGGAGUCGGUGUGGUGAACGCAGAAGGCAUAGUGGUAGCCAACGACAUCCUACAACAAACGCCGCCGCGGAGAAGGGCACCACCUCCCAAGAAGAAGAAAGGAGGACCCGGCAGAGGCAGAAAAAGGGUCAACUUCGUCGAAGGUGCAGAGGGACAAAGUACUCCAGCAUCAGUCACAGGCGGCGACAUACCUGCAGUCCGCGAUUUGAAACAGGGAGAAGGAGGGUCAAUGGAACCAUCUGAUCGUGAUACACCAAUGGGCGAAGCCGGGGACGAUGACGAGUCUGGUGAGGAAGGCUCUGACAACGAAGAUCAGGAUCAGGAAGAUGGUACACCUGUAACACCUUCAAAGACACCGGCUGCGCCGACCAGCGCUCCAGUGGUGGAAAUGACAGACGCACCUGAGGUCGUUGCCUCGACAGGGUCAGCAAUCGUUACAGAGGAAUCCAUGACCAUCCCUCUAGAGACCUUACAGUCUCCUGUAGAAGCAGAGCGCUCCGCACCAACACCUGUACCCGAGACUAGCGAACAGACUGCUACACGGGACCGAUCAAGUUCUGCCGACUUACCACUAUCUACAGCCAACCGCAGCAGACAGAAUUCUGUUAGCCAGCUGCCCACCUCAGCAACGUCGGUCGAGCCGAUUGUUUCUGAGGCGGUGAUAGCUGAUCCGAUUCCAGCUCCUGUCCCAUCGACAGAGACCGACCCUGUACCUGCAGGCGAGCCUACAGAUGUGUCUGUAUCCGUGCCCGCACCAGAGGCCCCAAAGGCGCAGUCUCAAGAACCGCCUUCUGUUCCGCCAUCAGAAAGCGAGCCAGAUCUGCUAGGCAGUCUGGAGGCAGAACUGGACAAGGGGAAUUAG